AUGAGCUCCUACAAGGAGGAGAAGGAGGCGUUUGUGAGCAACCUGCAUGGCACCAGCAUGGGCGAGGUGGCUCUUGUGGCACUCACCAUCCCGGUCACCUACCUGCUGCACAGCGUGGUGGUGUCGCUGUGCUCCCGAUCGGCGCCCGACUUUGGCGCGCCGCUGCGGUUCGUGGUCGACUUCGUGUGCCUGGUGCUGCCCAUGCUGGCCACCUUCACCAUGCCCCACACCGUCCCCCUCGUCUUCGCCGGUGUUCUCCUCCUGUGCGCCGCGCUCGAUGCCUACUCUCGCUGGCGGCACAACACGUCGUGCUUUAUGACGAGCGGCGCGCGCGACUCGGACGCCGCGCCGAUGCUGGUGGGCAAGUACAAGCCCUUCCUCAGCAUGUACCGAACGGCCAUGAUGCUGUGCACGUGCAUCGCCAUCCUGGCUGUUGACUUCCCGAUCUUCCCUCGCCGCUUCGCCAAAACCGAAACUUAUGGCACCUCCCUGAUGGACAUGGGCGUCGGGUCGUUCCUCCUCUCCAACGCGCUGGUGUAUCGCCAGACCCGGAGGAAGAGCGUCGUCAACCUGCUGCUGCGAAUGGCCCCGCUCCUCGUCCUGGGCUGCGUGCGCCUGCUCACCGUGAAGAGCACCGACUACCAAGAGCACGUGACCGAGUACGGCGUGCACUGGAAUUUCUUCUUCACCCUCGCCGCCGUCUCGCUGUUGGCCGGACUCUGCAACGUGUCGGAGGCAAAGGGCGCCGUCUACGGCCUCCUCCUGGCUCUGGCCUACCAGGCGGCGCUGGGUCUGGGCCUGCGCGAUUACAUCCUCCACGCGCCCCGAGUCGACCUUCUCUCACAGAACAAGGAGGGCGUGUUUAGUGCGAUCGGUAAGAUCACCACCCAGACCUCCGUGUGGCAGUGGACACAACUCACUUCAAUUGCCAUGCUGCUCGUCGAUCGCAAGACGAGGCGGGACGGAUGGCGCUUGGUCAUGCGCCUGGCCGCGCUGGACGUCCUCCUCUGGGUGGUCACCCUCGCCGUUGACGCCUACGUGGAACCGAGCUCGCGACGCAUGAUGAACCUCACCUACGUGCUCAGCACGCUGGCCCAGAACCUGCUCACCCUGUGCCUGGUGGUACUAGUGAGCAUGCUGGCCAAUCUGAUGGUGGGCCUGGUCAACUUCUCGAUGAAGACGCUCUACGCCGGCGAUUCUGAGGCCCUCGGGGUGCUCACAGGCUACAUGCUGGCCGUGUGUGGUCUCGCCUCGGUCCUUCACUCCUUCAACAUCACCAUCAAGUUCUGGUGA